AUGUCAGAGAAAAUGAUUGAAGCUAAAAAGAAGGAAGCCGAUGCUUUCAUGAAGGAAGGUGAUAAAUUAACAACUAAAACAUUGUUGAGAUGGAAAUGUGAUUGGGAUAAUGCAGCUAUUGCCUAUGAGAAGGCAGCAAAGAACUAUAGAACCUGUAAGAUGUACGAUUUGGCUAAAUAUUGUUUCACAAGAUUGGCUUUGUGUCAAAAGAGUAUCGAUGUCUACACUCUGGCUGCCAUGAGCAUGGAGUCGGCCUCUGCAAUGGCAAAGGAAAUGAACAACCAACAAGAAGCAAUCGAAUUAUUAGUGGAAGCAAGUAGAAUAUAUAGAAUCAAUGGUAAUUCAUCGACAGCCGCCGAUACAAUGACAAAAGCUGCAAUGAUGAUGGAAAAGACAGAUGUAAAUCAAGCAUUAGAGUUAUUGAUGGAUUCCUGUGAGAUGUUGGAUAUCGAUGAUAAGGAGUAUCUGUCGGGUGACAAGUUCAAGCUGACCAUUUCAAUGUUGUUGAGACACAAAAAGUAUUUAGAGGCAGUCGAUCAACUGAUCAAUCAGAAUAAGAUGUUUGUAAAGAUGGACAAUACACACGACCUUAACAAAUCAUGUCUCAGUGCAAUCGUUGUCUUACUUGCAAUCGAUGAUGUUGUAUCUGCCAAGAGAAGAUAUGAAGAGUUUUUAAAUCAUUCUAGCUUCCUUCACAGUCAAGAAGGUACGACUGCUCUUGAGUUAAUCAAUGCAUUCGAUACAAACAAUGCCGAGGCAGUAAAGAAUAUUAGAUCGAGACACCUUUUCAAUUUCUUGGAUAAUCAAGUUGCCAAAAUCGCUAAAGCUUUAACUUUAAGUGAAAAUGUAACAGGUGGUGGAAUUGAUACUCCUCAAGGUGGAGAAGAAUCUGUACUUUAA